AUACUUUGGAUCAGAUUUUGUUCCUAGUGCAUUCAGAUCAGAUGGCUUUUUCCUUUAGUCUGUCUUUGAGACAGCAGGGCUAUCAGAAAGAGCACAGGAAAGAUGGACUUGAUCAGUUCUAGUUGCCUGACCUCAGCCCUAACCCAAAGCAGAUCAAGGCAGCCAUUACAGGGAAAGUCUCCCUGAGAUCCCAUGGCCUGAACUGGCACAUGGUCAUUUACUUGUGGGGAUGGUUCAUGCACAGUGUGGUCAGCACUAAGAGCUUGGAGGGGAUGGAUCAUGCUCAGAGGGAACAGAGAGCACUGCAGUAUAUUUAGUGAGUAUGUAUGAAUAGGAAUCUUUCAAAGACCAAAAAUAACUUGGCCCAAUUCAGGCAGAUUUUCAAUGGGGAUUACAAAAAGCACAUCCAGGGCACAAAGGCCACCACCUCUUCCUAAUUUCAGGUCCCUAUCACAAGCCGCAGAUAUGCUAGUGCACUUAAACAUUACCAGAAUUUUCAAAAAACAGGUUCUUUUUACCAGCCUGGCUCUCAAAAAUAGCCAAACCAUUGGGGAUGAAAUUGUUCAAAAAUACUUAUCCUGAAGCAUCAACAAUUUCAUCCCGAGCAGUUAAGUUCCAGCAAAAGGAUAAGCAACUGAAACAGGAUCAGUAAUAGGAUGUGUCAGGUUACCUUAAUAAGAAGUCGUGUUACUAGCCCUGCCCCUGAUCAGCUCAUAAUAAACAUUUGUGUUUCCCUAGCAUGCAUAUUGCCAUGACCUGGCUCUGAUUUAACACAAAGGCAUUUAUCUUUCCCUGUGUUGUUUGCUCAGCUCAGGAAUGAUUUAUUACCUGCUUAUCUUCUCUGAAUAUUAAGUGUUUACGUCACCCUGAUGUAAGAUUUUUCCAACAGACUGUAAGCGAAAGUCAGACUCAAGUGUGUAACAGCUGAAGUAGUGGGAUACACAUGGAAUGGAUCGCUAAAGCAUCGUAACCACAAGCUGCUUUGACUUUUAUGAGGAACUGACUCCCGAGAGAGUACGUUACCCUGGCUGGAUGCACAGCAGAGGAAAGCAUAAACAACUCUAAAUGUAUUUCAGCUUUAGGACAGAAGGUGCCCAUGCAAUAUCCUGUGUACUUAAGUGGGUCUGAGCUCUCAGGAAGGAUGCAGUUUUGCUGUGAAUCUGUAAAUGGCUCUUGCAUAAAGAGCAGCUGGUCAAACAGCAUUCGAAUUUCCAUGUAUAUCCUCAUGGUGUGCAUCAUUCUUGCCACUGUAGCUGGAAACCUGACUGUUAUCAUCUCAAUAUCACACUUUAAGCAGCUCCAUACACCUACGAAUUUCCUGAUCCUUUCCAUGGCCGCUGUUGAUUUCUUGUUGGGAUGUUUCAUCAUGCCUUACAGUAUGGUGCGCUCUGUUGAACACUGCUGGUACUUUGGAGAACUCUUCUGCAAAAUCCAUACUAGCACUGAUAUCAUGUUGAGUACAGCCUCCAUUUUCCAUCUCUCCUUCAUUUCUGUUGAUCGCUACUAUGCUGUGUGUGACCCACUGAGAUACAAAUCGAAGAUAAAUACUUUCAUCAUACUGGUCAUGAUCUUCAUUAGUUGGACCAUCCCUGCUAUUUUUGCCUUUGUUAUGAUCUUUCUGGAACUAAACGUAAGAGGAGCCGAAGAGAUUUUCUAUAAUCACAUCCAUUGCGUAGGAGGCUGCUUUGUCUUUUUUAGUGAAACAUCAGGUGUGAUAGCCUCCAUGUUUUCCUUCUACAUCCCUGGAUUUGUUAUGUUAUGUGUCUAUGGGAAAAUAUAUGCCAUAGCAAAGAGGCAGGCAAGAUCUAUUAAAGAUGCAAGUAGCCAAACUCAGAUCCGACUUGAAAUGAAGCACCACAUUUCACGAAGCAGAGAAAGAAAAGCUGCAAAGACCUUAGGCAUAGUGAUGGGAGUUUUUCUUUUAUGUUGGACUCCAUUUUUUUUCUGUACUUUACCCUGGCUGGAUGCACAGCAGAGGAAAGCAUAA